UACUCUGAUCGAGUGCUGUUUCGGUGCAGAUAAUUGGCAAGACGCCCCUGGUGCACCUCAACCGUGUGGUGGAGGGUUGUGUUGCCCGAAUUGCUGCGAAGCUUGAAAUGAUGGAGCCCUGCUAAGGUGUCAAAGACAGGAUUGCGUAUAGAAUGAUUGCAGAUGCUGAGGAAAAGGGUCUGAUUAAGCCGGGAGAGGUUAGUUUUGGUUGGUCAAGUUUCUUCAUGUAGACUAUCCAUCUGUAAAAGCUGUUCAAAAUGGCAAGUCUAUUCCAUUCAUGUUGGAAAGCCUCUGAUUCUCUAUAUCGCUUGGUGCCUCUUGGGCGAUGUAACUUUUGGUGUAAUCCAAGUUGGUUGAAUAAAUUGAUCAUGGAUUUGACAAUCAAAUAAGGCAUGAAUGUGCUUUAAAUCCUCAUUUGUCUAGUACAUCAACUCCACUGAAAAACUGCAAAGGUUUGAGUCUGUGCCUGAUAAACUCAGUGUAACAAGAAAAAGUUUAUAUAUGUGCCAAGUGAAACUAUGGAACUGACGAAACUUCUUCUGUUGUGAUGUGUUCAAGAGUGUUAUGACUGAGCCUACUAGUGGUAGCACCGGAAUAGGGCUGGCAUUUAUGGCUGCUGCCAAGGGUUAUAAACUUAUAAUUACCAUGCCCGCUUCAAUGAGUCUUGAAACAAGAACCAUUCGCCGUGCUUUUGGAGCUGAUCUUGUCCUCACGGAUCCAGCCAGGGGCAUGAAAGGCUCUGUUAAAAAGGCUGAAGAGAUAGUGGAAAGAAUACCCAAUGCAUACAUGCUUCAUCAAUUUGAGAACCCUGCCAAUCCCAAGAUCCAUUAUGAAACGACUGGACCAGAGAUAUGGAAAGGUUCAGGAGGCAAAGUUGAUGCCCUCGUUUCUGGGAUAGGAACUGGAGGUACAAUAACAGGAGCAGGAAAAUAUCUCAAGGAGCAGAACCCUAAGAUCAAGCUCUAUGCUGUAGAACCUGCGGAAUGUGCAGUAUUAUCCGGUGGCAAACCUGGUCCGCAUAAAAUACAAGGCAUUGGUGCUGGCUUCAUCCCUGGAGUGCUAGAUGUGAAUUUAUUUGAUGAAGUUAUUCAAGUAUCAAGUGAAGAAGCUAUUGAAACUGCCAAGCUGCUUGCAGUGAAGGAGGCUUUGCUGGUCGGAAUAUCGUCGGGUGCAGCUGGUGCAGCCGCAAUUAAUAUUGCAAAGAGGCCAGAAAAUUCUGGAAAGCUCAUUGUGGUCAGUAAAUUUGCUUUUAUUGGACGUCGUUAGCAGAAUAUCAUGUAUUUUACAAGUGACUUCGCAAUAACAUAGCCGUGUAAGCAAGCGCAUAUCUUCUUGUUCGGUGAGUUCGGCUUACUUAAGUUUU